CGCCCGCGAAAAGUCAACGCACGACCAUGUCCUCGUCCUCCCCCUCCUACCUGUCAUCGAGGCCCUCCGCAGCUCACCGGAGGACCCAGCCUCCGAGAGCCGCCGCCGCCGCCACCCCCGCCGCCGCCCUCCACCGCGACGCCGCCAUGGAUCCCGCCCCGACCCCACUUCCCCUUCUUCAGUUCGUGGCCUUCAGGGUCAUCGUUUUCCUCGGAAUCCUCCAGUUCUUGCCGGCGACGCACGUUCGACACCCCGCCGAUCCUCACAGAAAUUGGAUUCCCAUCGAAAGCUUCACGAACGAAUCUUACUCUGUUUCCCCUUUGGGCAAGUCUGGGGCUUCUGGUGGGCAAAACAGUGAAGUGGUAACAUCAAACUCUGAAGAGGAUGGAAUGCUGCAUGUUGUUUCUUGGAUGGAGUGUCUGGACCUUCGUCUGCUUGCAGUCCUCGCCAAUUCAACCUUGACUAGCUCAAGAAAUCCAGAUUUGAUAUACUUUCAUUUUUUUAUUCCCGGUGGAAGUGAAGACAAGCGAUCAUUUUAUAAGUUAAAGGUGUUGUUUCCAAAUUCACAUCUAGAAAUUCACGGGCAGGAGAAAAUCCAGGAGCUAAUUAGGAAUGCCAUGUUCCCUUUGGAGCCAAAUUACAAGGAAUUAGCACCCUUUGCAAUACCAAUGAUUUUUCAGUCAUUAAAGAAGUUCGUAUAUUUCUCAUCAGACCUGGUAGUGAAGGGAAGAGCUGAAGAUCUGAUUUCUCUUGACUUGCAAAAGCACGGCAUUGCUGCAGCAGAGGACUGCUCGAAGAGAUUAACUGACUAUGUGAAUCCAGAAGUGUUGGAUGCCAUUCAGAGAUCGGAUGCAAGGCCCUGGGUAUCUGACACUCCGUACGAAAAGAAUGCUUGCGUUCCCAAUCUAAGUGUGCUCUCAAUUGAUGCAAGAAAAUUGAGAAAAGACUUUCUUCGGGCAGUUUCAUGGUGGACUACAGUACUAAAUUUGAACAAAAGUGCUGGCGAGAACAACCCUGCCUUAUUUUUAACACUCUACCACAAUUAUACGAAGCUUUCCUCUUCUUGGUUGUCAGUCGGCAAUGAAGCGUUACCCGAAAGCAUAGCAAAUAAGACGGUCAUCCCUUAUGAUGGUCCCAAGAAACUUUGCUCGGCACUCGGAGCUGGAGCCACUCUGCAGCCCGAAAGAGGUGAUUUAUGGAAACGUUACCUUCCUCCGUUGUCAUCUCAAAUGCUGGGACAGUAGAUUUUACCCAAAGAUAUGUAGUUCAGGGCUAUUGUCGAAAAGUUGGGUUUCUGUGCAUAAUUUUUUUUAAGCACUGCUUUUUUUUGGUCGAAACAAGCACUACUGACGUGCCUCUGUCUAUGCAUAGUUUGGCUUAUGUAAUUAAAAACUUAAGAAGAUAAUGCUUGUUUUCCUACCCAGGUGAUUAUACAUAUUUAAAAGGGUUGUUGUUCCCUCGA